CCCUCCUUUCAGCCAUAGCAUUAUUUUUGUUUUGUAGGUUUCAACCACGUGACUGAGAUCUUCUUGUGCGGGAAAAUGUGAAUGUAUUACCUUCCUAUAUGGAAUGAAAAUGUAGUUUUUAAGUUGUCAUUUUGUUUUUGGAGGUAUCGUUGACUGAUAUCUUGUAUUUCGAAUAAAUGGUUUUUCAGGUGUUAACAUUUCGGGGCAUUUUGGAAACUUAAAGAUUGGUGCAAUUUUUUUUGGCCUGGAGUAUAUGUUGCUGUUUUGUUUUGGCUCAGCUGCUGAACAGUAAAUGGAAACAUGGCAUUGUCACAUUGUAGAAUUGAAGAGGUGCGGCACAUACUUUCCCUGAUGCACAAGAAUUUGGAAUGCCCAAUAUGUUUGGAAUUAAUGAAGGAGCCUGUUUCUACUAAGUGUGAUCACCAGUUCUGCAGGUAUUGUAUGCUGAAACUUCUUGGUAAAAAAAGAAGAGGCAUUGGACAGUGUCCCUUGUGUAAGCUAGAAGUUACAAAACGAAGUCUUCGAGAGAGUUCUCGAUUUAAGCUUCUUGUCGAAGGAGUACAGAAAGCCAUUCGUGCCUUUGAACUUGAUACUGGUAUUGAAUUAGCUGGGGCAUCUUGUCUUCCCAAAACAUCUGUGAAACCUACUUUUAAUGAAAAUCUUCACAAUGAUAUUGACGUUGUCCAAAGCAAAGGUUAUACAAGCAGACAGAAGAAUGUUACUUCGAAAGCAGGUUCUGAACAUUGUACAGUGGAAUGUCAUAUAAGUGCACGUCUUACUGAGCCUGUGGUAGCAAAACAUUCAGAACAGAACAGAGAGAAAACAGUGGAGCCUGUCGGUUCUGUAUUUAUUGAAUUUGGUUCUGAUGAGUCUUCAGAUGAGCAAUUAUUUAAGUGGAAACCUGAUGAUAGGUGAGCAAAU